AGAACCGAAUGACCCUCACUUGUACAUGCUCCCCCGUGGUCGUGGCCAAGAACCGUUAAAUGGGGCUGCUACGUUUGGUCAGAUGUACUCUAUGCGCAACCAUGCGUGGAAUGUGAUAGGCAAGAUCUCACAGACGGUUAUAUCGUCUCGGAAGUAUUCGCAUCGACAACCGGAUGGUAACGAAUCUAAGACAAAGAUUGGCCCGGAUGAUUUUGACGAGUUUGAGCUGGUUUCGGUAUGA